AUGCAAAUUGCCCAUCUCCUCUUCGUGUUGUACAAGCCCAGCGCAGGAAACGCUUGGGAUCUUGCCGGUUCUGCUUCGCGCACUGCUGUGGGACUAGGACUGCAUCAUGAGAGUACACAUGCGAAACUACCAUUGGACGAGGAAAUGGGUCGGAGAUUAUUCUGGAUCCAGCUUCCUUCCAUCUACGACGACUCGCUCAUCACCGACACGGCUGUGACUCCCGAAGAAGAGCCUUCCCCUCUCAAAGCUGCAUCCCUCCAAGUCUACGGUCUCCGGCGGAUCCAAUGCGAAGUCCUCACUCGACUACACACCUCAUCAGCACCUCCGUCAAACAUCUGGUAUCAGUCCGUUGUCGAAAAACUUGCACAAUGGAGGGUUAUCUGUCCUGAAGGAGCUGGGUACGCCAACGCGGAUUGGUUGACUUUACAUUACCAUGCAACUCUCACGAUGCUCUAUCGACCGUCUAGAGCAAAUCCGAAGCCCGAUCGACCGACAAUAACCAAAGCACUUGCCAGCUCACGCGAGGUACUUCGUAGAAGUAAGGACAUGUACCGUAUCGGAAGAGUUAAUUUUAACCGUCAAAAUGGCUGGAAUCUGGUACCUUCCUACGUCGAUGCGUUACUCGACAUCCACGUCUGCUCGUCGUUGAUGGAAGGACUUGCUGCUAUCACACCUGGGACAUCAGGCAUUCGGAACGCGUUUGAGGCUGUUUCGGGGGAAAUGAUACAGCAGCUUACGUCUGCCAGCAUCCCCAAGUCCACUGACCCUCUAGCGAUUUUCUUCGUACAUCCAUUGGGCGAGAUGAGCGGUGACGAGUGGGAAAAAACGGUUGGCGUAGCGCUACGGCUUUUGCUUUAA